UUAAGUGAAAUGUGUCUGUAUUUUCACAUUUCACGACAAAUGAACGUUGGGGGCGAAAACUAAGCAGCAGGCCAUGCUGGUCCUCGCAUCCUGCCACUUAGUUGAAAAUGCGCAGCUACUGGAAAAAUCUUUGGCGAGUACUGGACUCCCUCACCGACCCACCAAAAAGAUCAAAGGACGAGGUCUUCUCUAGCGAUUCCCGAAGUCGUUUGAGCCUGCUUACCCAUUUAAGUCUGCGAAGCGAUCGACGAGGUCCCCGAUUUGUGAUUCCACCUGCAAGUCGCCAUGUGACUUUCUCGCCCAGCACUUUAGAGCACCUGGACACCCGAGAGGCGGUAAGGCAGGCGGAAACAUCGGCCUUCCAGAAUUUCGUGCGCGAGAUGUACGAGGGCUACUACCAACUCUUACUCUCACAAGAGAGAGAACUAUACGGUUUACAGCCAGAACAACAGCUGGCCAACCGAAGGCUGGGGCUCAAGGACCUCGUGAGACUGCAGAGAGUGGCCAGUGAUCUGUGGAAACGAAUGGACAGGGAGCGAAAGCAGCAUUACAAGAAUCUGGCCUUGAUGGGACUUCAUCGCCGAUGCUUACGACUGCCCCCCGAUCCGCAUCGCAUACCCCCACACCUCAAAGUAUCAUCCAAGAAGUCGAGGAAUUAUAGAUAUCCUUACUUAUAUCCCUGAACUAAAUUAUGUGCGGGUUUUUCGGAUUAUUAAAUAAUGUUCAAAUGAUAACA